AUGGGUGGGAAAUGGGUGCAGCUGGACUUCAAAAGAACAAAAAGCAGCGACAUACAGCCAGGCGAGGACUUUGCGCACACGGAUGUAGCCAAAAAGCUGUCUAGUGUUUAUAAAGAAUUCGUGACGUGUGGCAUAGAUUCCGACAUUCUCGCGACUCCCCUUACUAUACGGCCGGGCCUGACAAUAGAGGAGAGGCAGAAGAACUGGGCAUUUACGAACUUUUUCAAAACCAAAGAAACAAUCCCCAUCAACAUCCAGGCGUGCAAAAAAAGCCUAGAAAGGCCUGCCUCCACGAUCACCAUAAACCGAUCAGCCGAGAAGGGCUCGCCGUAUAUAAUGUACUCUGUGGACGGCCACAAAUACUACAUACACAAGGACAGGACCACAGACAGGCAGGAUAGCACGGUUUUUCUGACAAGGCAGGAAGCCCCGCAAAAGAUAGGCCUGCACAAAAGCACAGUGCACUUUCUAGGGAGAGACUCGCUCGAUGUUGUAGCGGCAGAGACACGCGCCAAAUACCGGCUGUCCGUGCCCAACGCGAUAGACAUGGCUAUUCCAGAAAAAAGGGGCAGCACUAUCCCCGUGCUCAGAGACAGAGGGCUGGGAAAGCCGGCUGAAAGCAUGCUGUUUGACAGGGUGGAUAUGGCUACUGGGAAAAUAGAGGGAUACCGCAUAGCGUGCAGCGGCCAGGGCAAAUUUCGCAAGGUAGGAAACACCUGGCAUCCGAAGCAGUAUGUGUGCCUGUCUGCAGACGCUGCCUCUGUGGUUGACGUGCGGGAGAAGGCUUCCAGGAGCUUUUGGAGGCUAAAAACAAUGGGAAAGGGAAAUGUGGGGGCAGCGGAUGUGCCAAGCAACUACAAGGUGGAAAAAGGGAGAGGAAGCACAAUGCACAUUUUCACAGGAUACACGCUUGGGGCUUUUGACAUGCGGAAUCUGUCGGCUGAGACGGGGCUUUCGUACACAAACAUCACGAAUGGAACAAUGUCGGUUGGCAAACACAUUGCAGUGUACAACAAGUACGGGCACUUCUAUUUCCAGAACGCGCAAGACAGCAGCGAUAGCAUUGUGAAGAUUUAUAAAUUUAACACAGACAAGUUUCUCCUGGGGUUUGAGUGGGCCGGAAAGUCUGAAGAGCAUAUGUACAGCACAGCUGCUUUCCUGUUUUCCAGCAAGGUGUGCAUAUACACAGGCGAUGGAAACAUGCAGGAGCAUCCAAUAGACGAAUACAGAGUGCCUAAUGCGCCCGAGCACCGCCUGGCCACAACGCUGAGAUUAACCGGAAGCUUUGUGCCGCUGCUGUUCAAUAAAAACAGGCCGCUCGUGCCGGAGGAGGAGCAUGACAGCAGGAAGCUGACCCUUUUGGAGAGGUCGCUGCAGGACGGGUUUCGAGACCCGCUGGUGCCCGCAAGCAUGGAGGGGAUCGCACAGGAGCCCAACGAAAGCGUCAAAAAGGUCAUCCCGUACACAAAUAUGAUGAACUUCCUAACGGUGGGAGAGAAGGCGUCUCUUCUAAAGCCAAAAAAAGACAGGAAAGAGCACCCGCAGUAG